AACGAUGAAGACACCAUCAGUCCUUUCAGUUUGCUCUCUUGCGUUUCUGUUCACCUCAGUGUCUUGUCAUUUGAGGCUGCCAAGGAUUACGUCUUCCCCAAACAAUCCAUUGAUUGGCAAGCGAAAAGAAAACGUAACUUUGAGCUGGAAGUUUGAGCUGCGUCCCACAGAGACAUGGAAUAAUUCCAUAAUCGAAGUGGUUUUUGGUGUGUGGAAGUAUCCUGGAUUCCUCAAGAAAAAACUUAUGCUCAUUAACAACACUGGCGGAAAAAUAAUACGAGAGAACUAUGAGAAAAAGAUAAGCUGUAACUUCGACAUGUCUCUCCUGCAAGUGGCAUUCACUCUUCACGAUUUGGAUAAGAGCGAUGAGAAUGAAUAUGGCGUUCAAGUUGAGUUUGACCUGAGUCAAGCUCCCUUAACGGAUAGUGUCAAACUUCGUCUUGAAGACCCACCUAAAAUUAACACUCCUCAACGAAAAAACAUCUCCGUGAGGGAUAGUGAAUCACUGAUGAUAAAAUGCCAUGCAAGUGGAUUUCCCACACCAAACAUAACAUGGAAAAGACUAGGGAAAACCAUUGGAAACCAAGCUCUUUAUUUCAAUUCUAUAAAGAAAAGGGACAGCGGAGUUUACCUGUGUGAAGCUCAUAACCAGGCAGGCAAAGACAGCACGGAAAUCACUGUCAGAGUUGAUGAUUCUGACGAUCUGGAGUCUCCAACAACGGAGAGAGUUCCUGAUUCGCCACCUGGAACAUCAAAGGCCAAUAGAUCCGUGUGGAUCAUCCUCUUACUGGCCAUUACUGGAGUACUUAUCGUACUCAUUAUGAUAACACUCACAGAAAUAAUGCGUCGCUCUCGAAAACGUUGCCAAAAGGAUGAUAUUAGAAAGAUUAGAUACAAGAAGCAAAUUGACUUUACAGGAUCGAAUGAAUAUUUUACUCCUAUCACUAAGCUGAAGACAGUGUUAAGUUCUCAGUCAAUAUAGACAAUCGAUAAGCGGGAAAACGAGAAACAGCUAUAGACGGGGAAAGGAAAAAGACGAGAGAGCAUGCAAGUGUUUUUUUGAAUAUCCAUCGAGGAGCUUACCCUUAGGAAAAAAAAACCAGACAUAUGCCAUGAUUCACUCGUCUGAUUUAGAUUGUCUCCAUGUGCUGACCAAAAACUGGCCAUUCGUUUUCAGUUUUAACUUUUUUUUAAUUUUAAAAAAUUUACUCAUACAAUAGUUUGAAAGUAAAUAUAGUUGCUUACAACUGCACAUAAUUAUGUGUAAGAAGCCAGA